GCUUCAAGCUUAAUGUCAUCUAUUAUGUCGAGAUGGAAAGGGUUAACUACGGAGCAAAUAGCUAUCACUACAGUGUUAGCUCACAUUUCUCUCUACGAGCCACAUGUUCAACGCCUGUCAUUUACAACUGACAUUAAGACCCGAAGCCAAUUGCAGCAAGAGCUUAAAGCUGUAUCAUUUCUGGAAAGAAAAGCUCCAUCAAGCAGUACAUAUGAUGAAUCAGACGCCAAGAAAACUCGUAUAGGAAGUGCUCCAGCAAACAUCAAUUGCUUUUACUGUGGCAAGCUUGGCCAUAGAUCUCCACAAUGCUUUUUAAAAAAAGGGAAGCUAAUCAUCAGGAUAGCCGAACGAAAACCGAAACCAUCUCCAAGGACCAGGCAGCUGAGAAACCUGUCACCUGCUACAUCUGCCGGAAGCAGGGCCACAUCGCAUACAACUGUCCGAAGAGGAACAAUCAAGAUGGAAGUAGCGGUGAAACCAGCAGCUCGAAGCAAAAACGCGUCGAUUUCUGCGUUGUUAAAACCCCUACAGGACUUCUACGUCAUAACGAUACGCCUAGCUCACACGAGGACGUGUGAUAUGUCAAGAUGGCCGUGUCGCAGAGUGGCAACAGUGGCGCCGCAGGUGAUAGUUUUAAGAAACUUUUAAUUUCGUCGGCGCCGUAGUUUACUUAUCAUGUAACUUGUAACGCCAUCUAUUAGAAAUUGUCAGAAACGAUUGAUGUUGUCUAGUGUUUACCGAUUUUGUUCAUUUGUAACGCCAUCUAUUGGCAAUUGCUGGAAACGUCAAGUAUCUUACUUGGGUGCGGUCGGCGCAGAACUAGUAACGGUUAACCGGUUAACUUAGCAGGUAAACAAAGUGACGGUUAUGAACCUGAGUUGGCGGGGAAAAGGAAACUGGCCGCCAUUCUGAAUCGUGCCUUGAAUCGUGACAGAUGUCAAUACUAGUUCUGCGACGAACACACCACGUUUCCAACUGCAAUUAAUUUAAAUCGAUGUGUAUCGCAGUGAUCGUUUACGUUUUUGUUGAUUUGGUGAUUGUGAUUUGAAAAUACACUUUUGAACUACACGUGUUUCGUAUUAUUUCCGGAUUUAAACCAUGGAUGAGCCUUCUGACGACGACACCCCAGGCCAG